AUGAGAAUUUUGGAAACUCUUCUAGUUCUUUCUUUUUAUAUUUGUUUGGUAGCUACUUUAGUUCACGGAUCAGAUGAAAGAAAGCCCUACAUUGUGUACAUGGGAGAAUUAGCAAGAUCCUCUCAAACUACAUCAAUGGUAAUCCAGAGUCACAAUAACUUGCUCGAGUCAGCAAUUGGAGAUGCCACAUUAGCCAGAGAAUCAAAAAUUCAUAGCUAUAAAAAGAGCUUUAAUGGGUUUGCAGCAAAGUUGUUGCCACACGAAGUGAAAAAACUAUCACAGGAACGUGGUGUGAUAUCUGUGUUUCCUAGUACAAAGCGCAAACUUCACACAACAAGAUCCUGGGAUUUCCUUGGAAUGCCCGAAACCACAACCAAACGAAACCAUCGUACUGAGAGUGAUAUCAUUGUUGGAGUGUUGGAUUCGGGAAUUUGGAUGGAUUGCCCCAGUUUUAGUGAUAAAGGCUAUGGGCCUGCCCCAGCUAAAUGGAGAGGCCAAUGUGUCAAGGGGGCUAACUUCACUGGCUGCAAUAACAAGGUGAUUGGUGCGAAAUUCUACAAUCUUGACGACGCAGCUGGGGAGGAAACUCCGAGCCCCGUCGACAACGAUGGCCAUGGCACGCACACUUCAUCCACCAUCGCCGGUGUCUCCGUCAAGGGCGCCAGCCUCUACGGCCUCGCCAAAGGCACUGCGCGCGGCGGUGUGCCGUCCUCGCGCAUUGCCAUGUACAAGGUGUGCUGGAGCGUUGCAUGCGCUGACGUUGACAUCUUGGCCGGCUUCGACGACGCAAUCGCCGAUGGCGUCGACAUCAUAUCCAUCUCCAUAGGCGGAGCUAGCAGGGACUAUUUCAAUGACCCGAUUGCCAUUGGAGCUUUCCAUGCCACGAAGAGAGGGAUUCUCACGUCCUGCUCGGCUGGGAAUGACGGCCCUGAUACCUUGACUGUCCAGAACGUUGCUCCUUGGAUCAUGACUGUGGCUGCUAGCGGCAUUGAUAGGCAGUUUAAGACUGUUGUCAAGCUCGGCAAUGGGAAGAGAAUUCCCGGGCUUGCGAUUAAUACCUUUUCUCCCAAGAGACAUAUGUAUCCACUCACGGAUGGAGCUCAUUCAGUCAAUAUUAGUGCAGACUUUUUCGGAAAUGGCAGUGCUUGUGAUUAUGGGACAAUAAGCCGAGACAAGGUGAAGGGAAAGAUAGUAUAUUGCCAGGGGAACAACGGCCAGGAUUUCACCAUAGGUGAAUUAGGUGGCAUUGGAACGAUCAUGACUCUUGAUUCAUUUGUAGACACAGCCUUCACCCCUAUUAUUCCUGGGACCUAUGCCCUUCCUAAGGAUGGUAACAAGAUCAGUCACUACAUCAACUCCACCAAGAAUCCCAUGGCAGUCAUACAAAAGACAAGGACAGUCAGUAUUGCUGCCCCUUUCGUUGCUUCUUUCUCCUCAAGAGGACCUCAGCUAGUUAGCCGCAACAUUCUUAAGCCUGAUAUUGCUGCACCAGGGUUAGACAUUUUAGCUGCUUACUCAAAGCAAACGACCAUAACUGGCUACCCCACGGAUGACCGCCGAGCUGUCUUCAAUAUCAUAUCGGGAACAUCCAUGGCUUGUCCCCACGCUGCAGCGGCUGCAGCAUACAUCAAGACGUUUCAUCCUAAUUGGUCUCCUGCUGCUAUCAAGUCUGCUAUCAUGACCACUGCUACACCAAUGAAAAUCAAGGACAAAACAGCAGAGUUAGGCUCGGGAGCAGGACAAAUAGACCCGAUCAAGGCAGUUGAUCCUGGCCUCGUCUAUGACUUGUCCAUGAGCUCUUACAUUCGGUUUUUGUGCAAAGAAGGCUACAAUGGCACCACGAUUGCCCUGCUCCUUGGGGGCAAGAAGAGGUACAACUGCUCGGACUUUAGCCCUGCGCGAGGCACAGACGGCCUCAACUACCCCACCAUGCAUCUCCACCUCAAGAAUCCUAACUCUACCGUCUCUGCCAUCUUCCACCGGACAGUCACUAAUGUCGGCCAGGGAAGUGCGGUGUACAAGGCGAAUGUGGUCUCGCCAAAAGGUCUUUCUGUGAGAGUUCAUCCGAGUAGUCUGAAUUUCAGUGAACCACAGCAGAAGAAGUCUUUUAGAGUGGUGGUCAAGGGCAAGUCAUUGCCGAAGGGGACACAGUUCCUAUCUGCUUUGCUCGAGUGGAAUGAUUCUCAAAAGCAUGGUGUUAGGAGCUAUAUUCUUGUAUAUAAGCCUGACAUUUUGCCGUAUUGAUCUGCGUUUUGUUUUCUCCAUAACAAUGGUUUUAAGCUGAGUAAUGAAGAGUCAUUUACCUCCUUU